AUGGACAUAUUUAGCAAGCACUUAAUCGUAGUUGUUUCUCAGCGUUGUACCAGGAUUUCCUGUCGUUACCCAGAGCACCGAAACACUUGCCAAACGACCAUUCUUCACUGCAAUUCUUUUGUGACGCGUAUUCAUUCUUUACCGAGGAAGGCGAUCCGGAAUAAAAAUUGGUGCCAGUCAGCCGCUGGCUGCUCGCCGUUCUGUGCUCGUCAUAAAUCUAACACUCGCCUGACUUCAUUGUUGAAGACGGGCAACCACGCGCGAGCGCUUCUUUCUACGUCUGUCUUUCUAUCUUUCUAUCUUUCUAUCUAUCUAUCUAUCUAUCUUAAGCUCUUUGCUUUUCUUUCUUUCCUUUUCUUUGUCUUUUUUCUGACUGUUUGUUUGUCUCUUACUUUCUCUCCUCGUUUUUUAUUUUCUCGUUUCACACUCUUUCUUUUCUCAAUGACUUUGUACUUCUCUUGUUCUUUCCCUUUUUUUGUUUUUCUCUUUCUGUAUUUCUAUCUCUCUCUCUCUCUCUCUCUCUCUCUCUCUCUCUUCUUUUUUCCUUCACUCUUUUUCUUUCUCUUUUCUUUUUCAGUCGUUCACAUACUAUCUUCUUUUCUUAUUCUUUCUUUCUUUCUUUCUUUCUUUCUUUCUUUCUUUCUUUCUUUAUCGGUCUUUUUAAUUCUUCCUAUCUGCUUUUGUUUUUAUUUAUUCUUUUGCUUUUCACGCACUUUUCUCUCUUUAUUCUCUGCUCAGUCACUCAGGCGUGCUGAAAAGUUCUCGGCUCAUUCGACGAACCAUGGUCGGUCCGAGAACUUUUCAUCAUCACCUUGUGUAUUUCUCUCUACCCUUUUCAGUUCUUUUUUUUCAACGCACGUGCAUUCUCUAUAG